AUGCAGUGGCAUUCACAAAAUCCUAGGGUUAGUGGAACACUCGCCCAUCCAAGUGAUAGUGAAGCAUGGAAACAUCUUGAUAACACAUACAAGGAUUUUGCAAGUGAGCCCCGUUUUGUUAGAUUGGGUCUAUGCACAGAUGGUUUCUCAGCACAUGGAAAAUUUGUUAGGCAAUAUUCUUGUUGGCCAGUAAUUGUUACCCCAUAUAACUUGCCUCCAUGGUUAUGUAUGAAGAAUCCGUUUAUGUUUUUAUCCUUGCUCAUUCCGGGUCCUAAAAACCCAAAAGGGAACUUGGAUGUGUACAUGCAACCCUUGAUUGACGAACUGAAAUCUUUAUGGGAUGUAGGUACAAUGACAUAUGAUGUAUCCACAAAGCAAAAUUUCAAGUUACGAGCUGCGUUUGGGAUGUUAUCUGGUUGGACUACAUCGGGAAAGAUGGCUUGUCCAUACUGCAUGGACAAGCAUAGAUUUUUUUGGCUAGAUAACGGCUCUAAAGUAUCAUGGUUUGAUAGUCACUGCCAUCAACUAUGGGAGCAGGUUAAGGAGAUUCCAAAGUCCAUUGAUCCAAAAAUCCAUUCGACAAAAUCAAAAAAGGUUAAGACAGGGUGGCAUAAGCAAAGCAUCUUUUGGGAGCUUCCUUAUUGGAAAGAUUUGUUGAUUCGACAUAAUUUAGAUGUUAUGCACAUUGAAAAGAAUUUUUUUGAUCAACUCAUCCAUACAAUAAUGAAUGUGAAAGAUACCGCAGUUGAUACAGAUAAGGCUCGCCUAGAUGUUCAACGAUAUUGUAAGCGGAGGAGCUUAGAGCCUAUUGAAUCUGAUGAUGGGAGCUUGAUCUUCCCAAAAGCACCAUACACUCUUGAUAAAGCACAACGUAGAGUGUUGUGUGAAUGGAUAAAAGAUCUUAAGUUUCCAGAUGGAUAUGCUUCUGAUUUUGGUAGAUGUGUGGAUUUGCAAGCCUGUAAGAUACAUGGAAUGAAAAGCCAUGAUUGUCAUGUGUUCAUGGAAAGGUUGUUGCCCGUUGCAAUGAGAGAACUUCUUCCUAAUAAUGUUUGGAAAGCAGUCACUGAAAUCAACCAAGUUUUUCGCGAUCUAUGCUCUUACACUAUUAAAGUUGAUGAUGUGACUCGUUUAGAAAAAAACAUUCCAGAAAUCUUAUGCAAGUUGGAGAAAAUAUUCCCACCUGCAUUUUUCAAUUCAAUGGAGCAUUUACCCGUUCAUUUGCCACAUGAAGUAAAAGUGGGUGGUCCUGUGCAAUACAGAUGGAUGUAUCCAUUUGAGAGAUUUCUUAAUCAUCUGAAGAAGAAAAUUGGUAAUAAGGCACGAGUGGAAGGCUCGAUUUGCAAGGCUUAUCUUGAUUUUGUUAUCGAAUCUAGUGAGACUGAUGAAGUGAUUCGAGCACUUGCCAUGGGUUCGUCUAGACAAGUCAAAACAUGGAGGCAAUUUGACAUCAAUGGCUUUAAGUUUCACAUUUUUUAUUAUGGAAAGCACAAGGCAACUAUGAAUUAUGGUGUGGGUGUAAUAAGUGAGGAGGAAAUUGAUUACUUCGGCAUUUUAGAAGAAGUCAUUGAGCUGGUCUACUUGGGGACCAUAAAUGUCUUCAAAACCGUCUUGUUUAAAUGUAAUUGGAUGGAUUCAGUGAAUGGUAUGAAUAUUCAUGAGCAAUAUAGAUUAGUUGAUGUAAACCACUCUAAGAAAUACCCUGCAUAUGAUCCUUUUUUUCUAGCACAUCAGGUUUAUCAAGUGUAUUUUACCUCUUAUCCAAGCUUAAAGAAAGAUAAGAGUCAAUGGUGGGCUGUUUUUAAGACUAAAGCUAGGUCAAGUGUGGAUGCCCCAUUCGAUGAGUCAAUUUUCCAAGUAGACAUUGUUGAGACCCCAACCCUUUGUUCGUCGGAUGAUGAUGAUGGUGUUAUGUACGAGGAUAUGGAUGAAAUGGAGGAGGACGACUCAGGUGGUGAAGAGGAAGAACAACAUGAAGAAGAUGAAUGGGAUGAUACUAUAUCUGAAUCUGAAAAAGAGACAAUGUGUUUAUCUUAUUUGUUUGAUAUAUGA